CAAUACACCUAUCUUGCUAACCGGCAAGGGAGGUUUUCAUAUGCACUGAAGUAUAGUUUUAUAACAAUAAUUAUAUCUGAAAUUCUGAAUUUUUUUUUUUCAAAAAUUGUGCAUCCACCUAUUCAGUAUUAUCCCUCCUACGUUACCGCACGAAUUGAAUAUUCGAUUUAUAUACGCAUAUAUCUUAUUGUUAAGUGUUUAAAUUUUUUUUGUUUCCUAUUUCGUAAUUGACUCUCUUUUUACACUUAAUGUCACCAUGAAAUGUCUUCGAGAGGUAGAUUUGGUCCUUUGGUGGGAGCCAUUGAUGAAGGAACAAGUAGUGCAAGAUUCCUGGUGUUUGUUGCUGACACUGCGGAAGUUCUGACUUUUCAUCAAAUAGAUAUCAAACAAAUAUGUCCACAAGAAGGUUGGGUUGAGCAAGAUCCUCUUGAAAUCUUGCAUUCCACCGUCGAGUGUAUCAAUGCCACUGUUGACAAUCUAAGAAAACUAGAUAUCAAUCCCAAUGAUAUUGUUGCGACGGGUAUCACAAAUCAGAGAGAAACAACUUUAGUUUGGGAUCCUGUAACAGGAGAACCAUUAUAUAAUGCUAUUGUUUGGCUGGAUGUCCGGACAAAAGAAACUGUCAAUCAAUUGAUUGAACAAUCACGGGAGAAGAAUGCUGAAUGUAUCAAACAUCUAUGUGGGCUUCCAAUAAGUACUUAUUUUAGUGGCACUAAACUUCGUUGGCUUAUUGAUAAUGUUCCAAAAGUGGCUGAUGCUGUUAAUAGAAAAAGGUGCCUGUUUGGAACCGUGGAUUCUUGGCUUAUAUGGAACUUAACUGGUGGGCCGAAUGGUGGAUUACAUAUUACUGAUGUCACGAAUGCAUCAAGAACAAUGCUUAUGAAUAUUAAAACACUUCAGUGGGAUGAUUCUCUUUGCAAGUUUUUUUCCAUUCCGAUGAGCGUCCUGCCAAAAAUUAAAAGUUGCUCUGAAAUAUACGGGUAUCUAACACAAUCUGCUUUAACUGGUGUACCUAUUUCAGGAUGCCUAGGUGAUCAACAAUCUGCGCUAGUUGGACAAAUGUGCUUUAAACAAGGUCAGGCAAAGAACACGUAUGGAACUGGCUGUUUCUUGCUCUAUAAUACUGGAAAGUCCCUAGUGUUUUCACAACAUGGGCUUCUGACUACUGUUGGCUAUAAGAUGGGUAAUAAUGCACCAACAAUCUAUGCCCUUGAAGGGUCCAUAGCAGUGGCUGGUGCUGCAGUGCGCUGGUUGAGAGACAAUCUCAAUAUUCUGAAAAAUGUAGCAGAUUCUCGAAGAUUAGCACAACGAGCACCUCCGAUUGGUGAAGUCAUUUUUGUUCCUGCAUUUUCUGGCCUCUAUGCUCCAUAUUGGAGGAAAGAUGCUCGCAGUGUAAUAUGUGGCUUAACGGAGGAAACAUCUAAGGAACACCUGAUUAGGGCAGUGCUGGAAGCAGUUUGUUACCAGACUAGGGAUAUUCUUGAAGCAAUGAACCAGGACUGUGGAAUCCCAUUAACCAAGCUUCUUGUUGACGGAGGCAUGACAGCUAAUGAUUUCGUUAUGCAGCAGCAGGCAGAUCUCUGUGGAAUUCCAGUCAUUAGGCCAUCAAUGACAGAGACGACUGCACUUGGAGCAGCAAUGGCUGCUGGCUCCGCUGAAGGUAUAAAUGUUUGGAAUAUGUCAGAGGUACAAUCAGUACCCUGUGACACCUUCUUGCCUUCAAUACCCGAAGAUGAAAGAGACUACAAAUAUUCAAGAUGGAAAAUGGCUAUAGAACGAAGUCUAGGAUGGGAUGUAGAUCCAGCAACAAUUAGUCAUCGUAAAUAUUCUAGUAAAAUCCAUCAAAGCCUGAGUGGCUCAGGGUUGAUUGAACUUGGCCCGAGAGGUGUACUUCAUCACGAUACGUCUGCCUACACUUCACUAGCUUUAUGUGAGUUGGACUCAGAUCGUCGUUAUGGAACACCCUCCUCAUUCACCCAAUUCAGCAUCUUGUUUGCUACAGAGAACUUCUAUGGGAUCUUCCAACAACAGAAAUGCUGA